AUGCACGGGACGUGGGAGAACGUGCGAGCUGAGAUCAACAGGAGGAGGCUGCAAGAAUGGGAGGUGGAAGAGCAGCGGCGUGUCAAGGCUGCUCUGAACGAGGCAGUCAACCUGUCCGAGCAGAAGCUACAGGCCCAGCGCGGCCAGAUCGGUAGCGACGAGGACGAAGACGAGGAAGACGACGAGGACAUCGACGAGGAGGACUCGGAGGACGACUUGGCUGCUACUGACGACGAAAACGCCCUGGGACAUGACGACGCAUCGUCGAUGGAUGCCGACGACGACGACUCUGGCGACGAUGACGUCAUGUCUUCAUCUGACGAAGACGAUGAGCCGGCGAACGACUCUCUGGUGGAUGCUGCAGACGAGACCCUCACGCAAGAUCAACUACGGGCGAAGUACUCGAAUAUUCCCGACCUGGUCAAAGAAGACGAAGAAAAAACAACCAAUGGGAUAAGGACAAGCCCCGGCGCGACCGCAGGUGGAGAUGAAGGGAGUGACUCGACUGAUGAAUCAAUCGACAUGGACGAUGACAUGGGUUCUAGUGAUGAAGGCAGCGACGAGGAUGAUGACGAUGACAUGGAGACUGGGUCGGGUUCUGAAGGGGAGUCCGAUGAAGGGGAGCCUGCGAACCUUCUAGGGCUCUUUUUCGACAAGAAAGAGCUGCAACAGAUGCAAGAAACCCCGAAAGAUGAGACGGAAGAUCGAUCAGAGCCGCCAUCUGAGCAGGCUGAGAAGAAGAAAGCGCUCCAAACACCAUCCAAGGCGCGGGACCUGCCACUGCCUGCAUGGGACUCUGGGAAGAAGCAUGAUGUUUCAUUGGCCUUGCACGACGACAUGGAAGACGAGGAUGACGAUGAACCUGAGCUGGUCACAAUCCCACCGUCAGACCCAGUCACAGGCGACGAUACUCCUGAUGUGGGCGAUGGCGAGCGACCAACUACGAACGGCCAUGUUGAGACUGGCGUAGUCGACGAGCCUGUGACCAACGGCAUUGCACACAGUCUCGAGGCUACAACGGAUACGACAGUCGCUACAUCCCAAGAUGUUGACAUGACCGAUGCCCCGGUGCCUCUGGAAUCUCUCCCAGAAUUUGCCGUCACAUCUCCGCAGUCUACACCAGUUAAACCUACAAGUUCUGGUGCAGAUACGAUGAUGGCGCCGCCAGAGGUCGGAAAGCCCACUUCGUCACCCACACCCGACUCGAAGCCAUCAGACGCCGACUCGACAGCACUCAUCCCGGCACCCAAGGACGACACGAGUAGGUCUGUGUCACCCAGUCCAGCAUCGGCUGCAAAGACCGAAGUCCCCUUCCUGCUUCGCGGCACUCUUCGAGAGUACCAACAUUUUGGCUUGGACUGGUUGGCAGGCCUUUAUGCCAACAACACCAAUGGUAUCCUCGCUGACGAGAUGGGCCUGGGCAAGACGAUCCAGACAAUCGCGCUGCUGGCCCAUCUUGCGUGUCAUCAUGAAGUGUGGGGCCCUCACUUAGUUGUGGUACCGACGAGCGUAAUGCUCAAUUGGGAGAUGGAGUUCAAGAAGUUUUUACCUGGCUUCAAGAUCCUGUCCUACUAUGGAACACAGGAGGAGCGGAAGCGGAAGCGCCACGGAUGGAACAACGACGAUGUGUGGAACGUCUGCGUCACUUCUUACCAGCUCGUCCUUCAAGAUCAGCAGCACGCCGUUGCAGAACAACCUGACCGAGUUGUGGUCGCUGCUCUCUCCUCAUGCCGUCGGAGAACGGCGUUGGUGGUUUUGCCGAUUUGCAGGAGUUCCAUGAUUGGUUCCAUAAGCCAGAGUCUCAGAUCCUCGAGAGCGGCCGCGUUUACCAUGGACGAAGAAGCGCGGGCGAUCAUUUCCAAGUUGCACAAGGUUCUGAGACCGUACCUGCUUCGGCGACUCAAGGCCGAUGUUGAGAAGCAGAUGCCCGCCAAGUACGAACAUGUCGAAUUCUGCCGCUUGUCAAAGCGGCAGAGGGAACUCUAUGACGGCUUCUUGGCUCGGGCUGAUACCCGUGACACCCUGGCAUCUGGCAACUACAUGUCCAUCAUUAAUUGUCUCAUGCAGUUGCGGAAAGUGUGCAAUCAUCCUGAUCUUUUCGUCGAUCGGCCCAUCAUGACCUCCUUCCGAAUGCAAAAGAGCGUUGCUGCCGACUACAACGACACGAACGAGUUUCUACGGCGGACAAUCCUGGCGCAAGAUGCCAUGAAGCUCGUCAGUCUCGGCGUGGUCAAUCUGAUCCCCACGCAACAUGAAGGGCUUUCCAGCACCGAUGCAGAGCGCAUCUCUCAGUUGAGCUUGCAUCGAGUACUGCUGGACCUCCGAGAAGCCCAAAAUGCGCGUGCGCACAUGGCUCGCACCAACCUCGAUCCUUCAACCGCUGAGUCGAAUCUGGUCUAUCUUGAAAGCCUCGGUAGAUGGCGACGUUUCGAAGAGCUGCAACAUUGCGUGUACCUCAAUGCCCUCCGUGGACAACGCCGUCCGAUUUAUGGCAAGCGAUUAGUCCAGUUCCUGACCUUGGACCUGCAGCAGCGGCCUCGUAAGCCCCGGCCCAGGGUUGCGAAGAACAUCCUCAACUGGUUUGCUGAGGACUCAGGAUUCCUGCGCGCGACAAUCCACAGCAUGGACGACAGGGCAGCGUCCAUGGAAACGAUAAUCCAAAAGUUUGCGUGCGUGACGCCAUCGGUCAUCACGCGAGACAUGACUGAAAUCGUCCUCGGCAAGCGAGCCAUCGAUGCGUUCACUGAGGCCGACCUCAGUCUCUCCGCACCAGUGCGCUGGGCGCCGUUCAUGCAGAAGCAGGCGCCGCACGACCCGUGGCACGAGGCUAGGAUGCGGUUGAGUAUUCAGUUCCCCGACAAACGUCUCCUUCAGUACGAUUGUGGCAAACUUCAGGCACUCGACAAGCUGCUUCGCAAGCUUCAGGCUGGCGGCCAUCGUGCGUUGAUCUUCACGCAGAUGACCAAGGUUCUCAACAUUCUUGAGCAGUUCCUCAACAUCCACGGCCACAAGUACCUGCGACUCGAUGGUGCGACCAAGGUCGAGCAGCGACAGAUCCUCACGGACAGGUUCAACAACGAUCCGCGCAUCCUCUGUUUCAUCCUCUCCACCCGGUCAGGUGGCCUGGGCAUCAACCUGACCGGCGCCGACACGGUCAUUUUCUAUGACCAAGACUGGAACCCCGCCAUGGACAAGCAGUGUCAGGACAGAUGUCAUCGUAUAGGCCAAACACGUGACGUGCACAUUUACCGGCUCGUCAGUGAGCACACGAUCGAAGCCAACAUUCUACGCAAGGCGUCGCAGAAGCAAAUGCUCGACGACGUUGUCAUCCAGGAGGGCGAAUUCACGACAGACUACUUCCGCGAGAAGAUGACAGUGCGCGACGCCGUCGGCGAGGACGCCGAGCUUGUCAACGACGGCAACGCCGCCGCCAACGCGGCCAUGGACCGUCUCCUCGGCGGCGGCGCCAACGGCAGCGAGUCGCGCAACGUCGGCGAGUGCUCGAGCUUGCCGAAAUACAAGGAGGACGUCGACGCUGCCAAGGGCAGCUGA